CUGAGGCGGAUGAGACCAGAAACCUUUGUUCUGCCUUUUCCUCCCAGUACCGAGUAAAACCUAGAGAACGUUCAUACCUCCAACAACACUGCGCUCGUAUUUUGCUGCUUGGCGAUCGCAGAUGGUCAUUUUAUUAAUCAAACAUUUGCAGAAUUCAUUCAUUAGGCUUUAUACAUACAUUUUUUUCCCGAUAGCUACAACCCGAGGGGGACAACUGGCCAUUUUUUUCUGUCAGCUGCGAAAUGGAAAUAAAACGCGGAGCUGAAAGUGGAAGCAACCGAGGUAAUGACCUUCCCCUCCGUUAUCUUCGGCUCCUGGCCCCACCCUUGCAGCUUUUAUCAGCUGGAGUGUGGCGAGUUGUGCAGCAGGGACUCGUGGAUCACUACGGGAUGCUGGAAGAGUUUGUUACCAUGGUGACGGAGCUGGUCCCAGAGCUGAUGAGCUACAGUCAGAGGGCUCAGCUCAUCCUGGGACUCAGGGCCAGGGUCAAUAACUUGGCUGACGGGAACCCCGCAGAGAAUCUAUUAGCGGAAGAGGAAGAUACUGGACUUCUGAUCUUCACAAGCUGUAAGAAUAUAUUCCUCUUUUUUUUUCCGUGUGUGUGUUUAUAUCAGGUAACCAUCAACCACGUGGAGGAAUCGGAGGUGAACUUUGUGGAGCUGGUGCAUUCGUUACUGGAGGAUCCCUCUGAAAGAAAAUACUUUUUCCAGGAAAUCUUCCCGGUAUAUUUUGGCUCAAAGUACGACGCAGCACUAGAGAUGCUGGUGUGGGAGUUCAUAUCCAGACUGGAGGAGCUGCUGCCCGUCCCAGACUUCACACAGUUGGCCGCCUUGCUCAGAGACACUCCGUCAUUCCUAGACGACUGUUUGCAAACCCUUUUCCCCCCGGAGGACAUGAAGGCUGUACUUGAACACCACAGAAACCUCGGCCAUUUUAAAGAGAAAGAUCCCAGAUUAUUACCCAUGGAUGACUGCAUCCUCACCUCCCUGUCACUGCCUCCUGGGACCAAAACUGUCAUGGAAACAGCCUCCCGCUCACCUGCUCUCAAAGACUCGGACCACAAAGGACUUCUCAGCGCUCCCGUCAACGCAAGCAGCACGGAGAAGUCGAGGAGGAGCUCUGAGCCGAUCAGGCAAGGACCGAGGGAGACGAGGGACUCUGGCAGUUGGCAGCUGCAGGCUAGAGCUGGAAACAUUUCUCAGGAGAGGAAAGUACAAAACAUAAUUAGCACACUGCCAUGCGACGAAACCAUAGACCUCACUACAUCCAACGAGACUGCAGACACGGAUUCAGAAGCCAGUGAGAACAACCAAAGCUUGAGGGCAGCUCGCAUUCUCAGGAAGAGGAAGCUGAGCGGAGGUGUGGACGUUCCCACAAAGCAGCAGGAGGCUUCAGCUUUCUUGGAGUCCUCAGUGGAUGAUGAGAAUUCAGGUGAAUCUCCUCUCAUCUCCAUAUGGGGAGAUUAUACAGACUCUCAGGAGGGCUCUUUUCCAGUUGUAACGGACACAAAGGUUCCCUGGUCGGAUGAGGAGACGCUCCAUCUUCUCGACAUCUGGGGGAAGGACUCUGUGCAGCGAGCUCUGAAGGGCUGCUUGAAAAACCGCCACAUAUUCACCCAAAUUGCACAAAAGAUGGCAGAGAGGGGCUACAUGAGGACAGUGGAGCAGUGCCAGACGAGGAUCAAACGACUGAAGAAGUGCUUCCGUCAGAACAAGCUGGAGCAUAAAUUUUACACACAGCUCGAUCAGGUCCUCGGCUCGUCGGCUUCCUUGGCCGUUCCUGAGAUCACCUACGACGUUGAGGAAAUUAUCGAUGAAGACGAGUCCCGAGACGGUGAUGAUGACUUGCAGUUUGUCGGACAAACGGGCCAUCUGGAAAUUGGAACGAGAAGCGUUCCCUGGACAGACUUGGAGACCUUGGCCCUGAUCAACACAUGGGGCGAAGAUAAGAUGCAGCAGGAGCUGAGGGGAAUGCACAGAACCGGGCACAUUUUUUCCAUCAUAUCCAACAAAAUGGCCACACAGGGUUUCUCCCGGACGCCAGAGCAGUGCCAGACGAGGUUAAAAAGGCUGAAAUCGAACUUCAGGCAGUGCUACCAAAACAACCUGAAAGGACAGGAGCAAGUUCAGUGCAAGUUUUACAACGAGCUGGGAAGAAUUCUAGUGAAAGACUUCCCUUCAGUUCCACAGCUGGAAGAAAUACCAGGAGAACCUGAAGAACGCGACUUUCCUGCCUACACUCAUCCAGACAUGGAGUCUGCUGUGGAAAUUCAGGAGGACAGGAGGAAAGUCCCUUGGUCAGACAAAGAGACGAUCAUCCUUCUGGAGAUCUGGGGAGACCCACAGGUCCAGCAGUGCCUUAGACGCUACCCACACAACGGUCACAUUUUCACUGAAAUUUCAGAGAAGCUUGCCGCUAACGGCUACUCCCGCAGCCCCGAGCAGUGCCACACGAGGAUCAAACGCCUGAAGGGGAACUAUCGCCAGUGUCGGGAAAACAUGAGCUCAUCUGGGACUGACAGAGUCGACUUUAAAUUCUAUGAUCUGCUGGAACAAAUUUUGGAUAAGCAGCCAUCAACGUCGUCUACCAUGGUAACGGACUCCAUCGAAAUAUCAGAAGACUCCAACAGUGAAUCGGUAACAGAAAGAGACCCAGAAAUCAACAUGUCAGCCGAGAAGCCAGCAACCAGCUCUUGGACAGACGAGGAGACCCUGGUACUUGUCGAUAUCUGGGGCGAAGAAGAUCUCCAGAAGGCCCUGAGGGGUUUCGUCCACAACGGCCACGUUUACGCAGACAUUUCCGAAAGAAUGCAGGACCUCGGUUUUUCGAAAUCCUCGGAGCAGUGCCGCUGGAAGGUGAAGUCUCUGAGGAACAACUUUCGACAGUGCUACGAAAGGAAGAAAUCUGGAAGAAAAGUUGAUUACAAGUUCUACAGCCAACUGGAACAAAUACUGGGACAGGAGGCGGUUUCUCUUGAUGAGUAUGAUGAAAGGGAUGAACAAGAGGAGCAGGAUUCAGGUGCCGAUGGUUUGAACACAACGUGGACAGAGCAGGAGACGGUUGCUCUCAUCGAGGUGUGGGCCGCAGAUGAUGUGCAGCAUGGCCUGAAAAUAUGCGUCCGCAACAGUCACAUAUUCGCCGAGAUAUCUGAGAAAAUGGCCGCAAUAGGCUACCUGAGGACAGCGGAGCAGUGCCACUCCCGGAUUAAAAGGUUGAAGAAGACUUACAGGCGUUACUGCAACAGCCGCAGAAAUGGAGGGCGGCCCACGGCGUUCCGAUACUUCAACCUCCUUGCUCCGGUGCUUGGCGACGAGUCUAUGUUUGCCCCUGUGGACAGUACCGAUGCCACCUUACAACCUUUGAUGGACAAUGAGCCUGUCUUAUAUGAGCAGCCCUCGACCAGCCGCCUCCUGGUCGACCUGAGCCGAAAGAUGCCCUGGUCGGAUCAGGAGACUCGCACACUGCUGGAGAUCUGGGGUGAGGACAGCGUCCAGCUCACUCUGAAGGGCUGCCUGAAGAACCGACACGUGUUCGACUACAUCUCAGAGAAGAUGAACAACCAAGGAUUUAUAAGGACCUCGGAGCAGUGCUACACCCGCAUUAAGCGUCUUAAAUAUGGCUUCCUCCAUGAAAAGGGAGAGUUUAAAUUCUUCAAUGAGAUGGAAAAAAUCUUCAGGAAGGAACUGAAAGUCGACAACGUGGCCGCAGACACGUCGGCUGCAGAUGAGCCAGAUGACUACAUGCUCGAACUGGGCCCAAAAAAAGUCCCCUCAGGUAACCAGUGGGUGCCCGACAGCACUAAGCUGCCCUGGAGCGACGGAGAGACCGAGGCCCUACUGGACAUUUGGGGGAGCGAGGAGAUCCAGGAGAACUUAAAGGGCAGCGCCAAAAACAAACAGAUCUUCCUCCAGAUCUCUCAGGUCAUGACCAGCCAGGGCUACCUGCGCACUCCUGAACAAUGUCAGUCCAGGAUAAAGAGGCUGAGGGCUAAUUUCAGGCACUUCCUAGAAGGCAGAAAAGGAGAGAAACAAGAAUGCAAGUUUUUUGAGAAGCUGGUGCAGAUAUUUGGCAACAAGUACAUAAUAAACUCAGACCCACUGGCUGACGAUACAGCUGAAGUCAUAGAGGCAUGAAAUCAUCCACGGUGAAGAUGACGCAGCAGCAGCAGAAGGACAAAGAGGAACAUCCAGAGCAAGAACAAGAAACCGAUCUUUACUGCUGUGUUGUUUACAUGACAAAAGAGGGUCUGUCCUGUCUCACUCAAAUGUACAUUUCCCUCUGUUACCUUCUGCAGACACAAAGACCUACUUCAGGUAGCAAUUCAGUGUGUGUGUGUGUGUGUGUGUGUGUGUGUGUCCCUCAGCUUGAGUGUCUUAUUAUUUA